AUGCCGUUCUAUCGGUCUUCUAAGCACAACCGAUCUCAACACAACCUGUUGGGGUCAUCGAUUGCUGAAGACCCUUCGCAGGCAACAUCCUCCGUUCAAUCAGCCGCGAGCCUGGGCCCGGGCGCUGCAAACCCCUCUUCAGCCUUGCCAAACUCGGCCUUCAGCUCUGGCUCCAACGAAUCUUUUCAGAUUGAUAACGGCGCCGGAAGACUGAACCUCGUACAGGCCUCACAGUCGCAGCCGUCGCGCUUGGUGAAUAUUUACAACAAUCCCGCCAGCGGCCCCUCUCAUCCCUCUGAUCCUGUUCCACAAUUGCAACAUUCUAACACGGUAACUGGUGUCGUUGAGUCUCGCCAGAGAGACCACGACUUCGCAGAUCAAGUGGCCCGGUCGCACUCCCAUCACUUCCCCCAAAUUUCACCAACCCAGGCCCAACAGCAGCAGCAGCAGCAGCAGCAGCAGCAGCAACAACAACAGCAACCCUCUCCGGCCACGCCUCAACAGCACCACCAUCUUCAAAUUCAACAGCAGCCGCAGUCAAGUCUUGGAUCAAACUCAGUUGAUAAUCUACCAGACACAGCUUCCAUCCAUAAUUCCCCAUUCUCCGGCCAGGGACAAGGCCAAGCGUUUGUUGCAAACCAGCAGCCGCCCCCACCCCCGCCCAAGACAAAGCAGUCCACGCGCAGACUGAUCAAAAACAUAUUGAGUGGCUCGUCCUCGCAUCGUAACCAAGAUUCUCAAUCUGGACAAAGUUCGUGGAGCGAUCCUUCAGGUAUUGUUCGCAGAUCGUCAAGGCGUAUAAGCCAGCCGCCUCCUCCUCCCGCCAUCCGCACAGGUGUAUCUCAGGUUUCGCUUGGCCAUCCUCCCGACUGGCAAGCCCAAUAUCCUUCAUCGCAGCCUUCGCCUCUCCAAACGGCAGUGUAUCGAGACUCGUAUCUUGUUGCGGGACAAGAAAGAGACUUGCAUCUCCAGAACCCGCAAGACCAAUACAACCCCACUAUUCGACCGGUCCCUCCUGAGAAAGACGUCUCGCCUUAUUCAGUGGGGGAAAGCGGGUACCAUCAACAGCAAGCCCAUUCGCAACUGCAGGUUAAGAUCCCUCCAGAUCUCCAGCAACAACAAUUCAAUCAGGCUGAGUUCGAGGCCGCACUGCAACAACAGCACCAGCAACAGCACCAGCAGGUGACCCCCCAGGACCCAUACCAGACCUCGUCGCAAGUGCAAUACCAGGCGAGCACACAUUCUGCAAUCUCGGGCCACCUUGGCAAUCCCCAGCAUCAGAAUCCUGAGACGGUAUCGCAGCUUUCGCGCGAAUCGCCAACCAUCGAUUCGGACCAGCGCUCAGCGACAAACGUUCAAUCGUCUCUACAGGCUUCCGACGAGAGCAGUUACACGCCCCAAUCCCAGGAUAUUCCCCUGCGUCAGAAUCCACUCCCCGCGCGGGCUGCAGCCCAAUCCCAAGGCAAGACCCCGCAACAGCAAGUCAUGGCCCCACAACCCGGCGGACGCCGGUCCCAGGAUACCACCGAUAAGGCGACCGGGAUUCGCGAGGUACAACCACCCCCUGGCCCCCCGCCAAGCUAUCGCCAAAGUCAACAGCCCAGCAUGAACAACUUGUCUCAAUCUUCCAACGCAGGCGGUCAAAGCUCCAGCAGCCAUCGCCAGGGAGACAGACAAGGCUUCGAUGGAUCGGGAGAAGUCCAAGGGCGUAACAGCCCCCAGCCGGCGUCCGAACGUGCUGCGGAGGACCAAGAGAAGACAUUGAAAGAGCUGCGCGAUUUCUAUGACGCAGUGACGAAGUACAAGAACGUCAAGAGACUGUACUUUGACGGCAAGAAAGAAAUCGAACAGCUGGGCAACCAAGUUGAGCAGCUCCAAAAUGCAAUCGCCAACCAGCGCAUAUCGCAAAGCCGAACAUCGUUGGACGACAGCGAGUACACGACGCGGUUUAAUCGCUUGCAGGGUGCCAUCACAAACCUUGCCUUCAAUAUCAGGAAGGAAUGGAAAACAUUACCAAAGUGGUUGGACUCAUACGUGACCGCCAAUGCGCUGAAGACGGGCAAACAAGAAAUGACCGCCGUCGGUCGCGCAGUCAUAAGUCGUUGGGUGGUAGAUGAGAUCUUCAAUCGCUGCUUUCACCCUGGCCUGGAAGCUGAGCUAAGCAAACAGCUUAGGACGAUUGAGCAGAACAUCAGACACUUUAGUUACACGUUGAACAGCCAGGAAGAAUACGAUGCGCUGACCAGCAAGGUUGUCAGCUGGAGAAUGACCACACUGGAAGGACUUCAGGACGUUCUUAGGAGCGCCGAGGCUGACGAUCAUAAGACUAAUUUCACCCGGCGCGCCACUAGCAAUCUGACCGCUCACCUUUUCCAGCACCUUACGGAACCUGCGCCCGUUGGAGUCGACGGAAGUGUAGGCAUGAUUGUGGAGUUGGCGGUAGGGAUUGCCAGCAACCUGCCCCUUGAGAGCCGCGAUGUUGCCAUCAUCUAUCCGUUGCCAGAGCAGCCAGUUCAGACCAACCUCAUGGAAGUCGAAAAGACGCCAUUACCACCCCUGGAGUCGCGCCCGUCCGAUGCCAGCGAGGAAGGGACCGCAGGUGACGGAGCCAAGGAGUCCUCCAAGGAGCGCCGCGGCGACAAGGCCAGAUCCGGUAUGUUAAACACCAUUCAUCACACCAUAGGCGGGAGCAGCGCCAGCGGUCCACCCGGUAGCCGGAAGGGAAGUAUUGCUGACAAUUCGACGCUGUCGACAGCACAAUCUGGGGUGGCUUCACAAUCCAAGGAUGCUGGAAGGGUUCGCUUUGCCGGGUCAUUUGGUGUGGAAGUUAGGGGUCGCCAUGUUCUGAUUAAAGCGCCAGUCUGGACUAUUUGA